AUGGCUAACCAAUGCAACACUUCUAACGUGAUUUCCAGAACGGUAAGUUUUCUUUAUUGACGUUCCGUGUUAAAAGAAUUUCGUUUACAAAAAUGCUGUUAUUAAAUCGUAAAAUAUAAAUUUUUAAAGUUAAAAAGGUUCUAUUGUGUUUUUUUUUGGUUUGACAAUAAUAUUUUAGUGUUGGUAUCAAAUUAUCGACAACAUCCAAGAUGCUAAAAGUAUAUUUAUGCUGUCAAAAGUUAACAGGUUCUUUCAUCGAAUACUGCAAGAACAACGAGAGAACAUAUACAAAGUUUACUGUUACAAGGCUCGGAUUUACAAACGCCUAAACGAAACUUGGGAAGCUGCUUUUUUGGAGUAAGUACUAACUAAAAAAGUUAAGAAACCUAUUAUAUUUUAGUAAAAUUAACUACUAUUUUUUUAUUUGUGGGUUUUUAUAGUUGAAGUCUAUUUUAACCUGUAAAUAACUUGUAACCUAAAUGCUAUUUUCAGCCUACCAAAUCGUAUUAUCCAUGAAGGCAAAGAAUAUACUUCAAGGUUGAAGGUUAAAGGUUUUACAACCUACCAAAAGUUUCAUGUAAUUUUUGGCAAUGAGUACAUGUCCAGGUACAUAGGGCUUGUCUACAGUGAUAGAGUAGUAGUCACUUCAUUGGACAUCGAAGAUAAAAUGCACUACGUGAUCAACAUUGACUUCAGCCCCGGAUUUUUAGACGAAGUGGCGUUGAUUAACAGUGGAGAAACCUUGACUGUUUACGUAAGUUUAUACUAGUAACAAGCGCCUGAAGGGCUAAUAUGUAUGAAAAAAGUAUAAUAACAAGAAACCUUAUGUCCAUUAUUACAGAAUCACAACGAAUCAUCGUACAUAAUGCACGACGUCAAAUCCGGCUUGAGCAGCCGCAAAAUUACUUUUGCUGGUACAACAUCAUGUUUAUCUGGUACCGUUUUCCAUCGACAAUCAUUGUUUCAUGGAGUUGACCAAGUGCCGCAUUCGUUCCGGGAAGACUUUGACUACUUAGAACAUGUGUUUUACAGUAAUGACAGGAAUCACAGUUUUACUAUGAAAAACGAAAAUGCAUGUCGUAUCUUUAACAGUAGAAACAGAAAGUUCACAGAUGUCACAGUAGCUAACGGAAGUUUCUCCGUUCGGUCAUUGAAGUAUUCGAAUUCACUGUUGGUUAAACAUUGUAAGUUUGAUUUUUAUUUACUUUUUAAUGUUUUUAAUUACUUUACUGUAAGCAUUUAUUAACUUUAUGACCGAUUAUUUUAUUUUUAUUAAAAAAUCUGUGUUUAGAUGACAAAAACGAAGCCUUCUUGUACAAUAUUCCUUCAAGAAGCCUUGAGUACGAUUUUGAUGAAGAAUCCUUUUCUUCAGUUGUUAUCAAUGAUUUCAUUAUUGCUAAAACAACCUACUCAAACAAAUACGAAACCCAAUGUUUCGAAUUAUUUGACACAGCAAACAACACAUGGAAUGAACAGUACGUCAACUUCAAAGAUGUACCAGGUUCAAUCUUUGGCUACAGUUUCUACAGUAACUCGCCUAACGUCAUGUACUUCAGAAACAAGGAAGGUUAUUUAGACUGGCUCUUUGUGACAUAUUACAAUGGUCAAUUUAACUAUAGAGUGUUUGCCAAUCAAGCUGAAAUUGCUAUUAGUGCAAGGUUAUUGGCAUUGGAUCAAAGCUUGUUUUUGUAUAAAAAUGGUGACAAAGAUGCGACUAGCCAAAUGCUCAACGAAAUGAAUGAUUGGCUCAACAUUUAG